CCAAGCGAAACUGCAACCCAUGUAAGUCUUGCUGGUUAGGGCAAGUUCGAGUCGCGGGCGAGCGAGAUCAACGGAGAAGAAGAAAGUGCGCAUAUUUCUAGAAAAUCAGACUUGGGCGCUUGAUCUCCACAGCCCGAAUUCAAGCUGUGAAGGAUACAGCAUGAAAGACGCACCCAUAACUCCAACAACGAUCUGCAUCCCAACUACACUGCGCACCGAAGAAAACGUCCACUGACUCCACUCCGUCGCAGCAUUCAUACUACACACGUACAAGCGAAGCAACUGUGAGUAAGUGACACCAUUCAUGUAGCGUUUGGGAGUAGGAGCUGACAUUGCCUUAGGCGAAGUCUUCGAGCAGGAAUCAUGACUUCCCCUGCCGCUCCAAUGCAGAAAAUAUCAGUGGUACCGCUUGACAAAAAGAUGGAAGCACGCCUCUAUCGUGUCAAUAACAUCUUACACCUGCCUGGUGGACAGCAGAUCAUCACCUGUUCAUACAAUAACUCCUCACUUCGAGUCUGGGACUUGGAGAGUGGAGCACAGGUCGGGGAGGCCUGGACGGACGAAGGGAGUGGGCAUGUGUUCGAUAUAGAAUUGUCGCCAGAUGGCAAGACAAUAGCAAGUGGGAGUGAGGAUGGCGCAGUGAGGUUGUGGGACAUCGACACGGGCAAGGUCGUCAAAAAAUGGACGGGGCACACAAAGUGGGUACAGUAUGUCAGCUGGAGUCCAGACGGACAGCGAGUGGUGAGCGGAUCCAAAGAUGAAACGUUCAGAGUGUGGGAUGUCGAGAAUGGUGAGACAAUAUUAAUACUAGCAACAGAAAUGUCGAGGAAAGAGGAGGACGCCGUCACGGUGUGGCCGGUUUGCUAUUACUCACCCGAUGGCAAGAUGAUUGCGACAGGUGCGGACAACUACGGGCGGAAUAUCUGGGAUGCCAACACAGGAAAACUGCUCACAACACUAUCUGAGGAUUUUCGUCGGAGCCUGGCAUGGAUCAAGGAUCCGGAUCCACUCAUCUCCGGGAUAUCGAACAUCGACACCGCCACCUGGCAAAUAAGGUUUCGUGAACCUCAAUUUCCCGACACUGUACACGUGAUUUCAAUAUCGCUAAAUGAACGCAUCCUUGCAAGCGUAUCGUCGAUCGAGCAGAGUCGGCAGACAGUGCAACUAUGGAACUUCGCAAACUAUCAGCCCAUUGGACCACCCCUCCACCAUGACAACUAUGUAGCAUGUGCGACUUUUUCUGAGGAUGGAAAAUUGCUAGUGACCGGGUGCGACGACGGCUACGUGUACAUAUGGGAUGUCUCUGCUAUCUUAAAAAAAAAGAAGAAAACCGUCCACAAGUUUUCAUUAAAUGAUGAUGCCACACGGUUUCGAGCCCCACCAAUUCGAAUACCCCGAGGAUUCUUUGAUGAUACACGAGAUCCCUCUACUAUGCCUGGUGUCCCAUCCGAUGGGUGCCGUGGCCACCACACUGCAUCAUCACGUCAAUGGCUCCUGGGUCGUUUGCCCCCCACUUGGCGCCACCGCCGCUCAGAUAUCCAUGGGACAACCGAGCCCAACCCUCGAUCCCAGUCCCGCCCUCCCAGGUUGGCUCGAAAUCUUAUCCCUGACAUGCUGUGUAAACGAAAUGGAUCGGACAUUCAGUCGCGGGAGCCACCUGUAGUUGAGGUUCCAUGCACGGCUGGCAAACCUAGGGACUAUCAUGCGAGAAAGAGAAAGAAGCCAGCUGCCAGCUCCUCUCUACCUGGAAAUCUUUAUACGACACAGCAAUCCAGCGCAGGAACCCAGAACACGCAGCCAAUUUCCAGCUUCUCUCUUCCUCUCAAUCCUCGUACCAUGCAGCAAUCCAGCGCAGCAACCCAGAACACACCAUCAUCAUCACAGCAACCACUUGUUACGACAUCUAAGUCACUUCCCGCAACCGCCACUACCGCAUUGACGACUGGAACGAUGUCGCAACAUAACAUUACUGUAAUACAGGCCGGAUGUUGGGUUCGUUUCUUGCUCUGGAUUGGUUGCGCGUCUAUUGAGCACACAGAUCAUGAGCAUUAG